UUCCCUCCCACUCUUCAGUUCAACCUCUAAUCUCCAAUUCCCCAAUUUCUCUCUCUCCCUCUCUCUCUCAUGUCCUCUCUCAAGCGAUCUCGAUCCACUGAAUUUUCGGAAUCCUAUUUCUCUCUUCCGCCGCCCUAUCUCCGCCCAAUCUCCGCCGAUCAGGAGCUCUCUGUUAUCGUCACGGCGCUAACUUCUGUUGUCUCAGGGACGGCCUUCGAUUCCGAUUUCAUGGAGAAUAGGUUUUGGCAUGAUUUUCAAAUUCCGCCGCCUACAUUUGAUUGCGCAACCUCCGCGGCUUCUGCUUCUGCUUCCGAUUCCUUCUCUGUCUCCGGAACUACUUCUUCCAUCAGUUGUUCCAGUACCGACGCCAUUUUAGGUCCCUCUGUUUUCGAGACAUGUAGCGUUUGUCGAAUCGACGGUUGUUUAGGUUGCGAUUUCUUUCCGCCGUCGUCUCAAGUCGAUAACGAGAAGAAGAGCGGCAAAAAACGGUCGAAGAAGACUUACAGAGGCGUAAGGCAACGACCUUGGGGAAAAUGGGCCGCCGAGAUCCGAAACCCGAAACUCGCGACCCGAGUCUGGUUAGGGACGUUCAAUACAGCCGAAGAAGCCGCUAGGGCUUACGAUAAGGCAGCUUGGGAGUUCCGAGGUCCGCGAGCGAAGCUUAAUUUUCCAUUUACGGAUGAUUCGUUGCGAAUGAUGAGUUCGGAGCAACAAGAACAGAGACCGGAAAUUGAAAUGUCGAAGAACAGUAGCAAUUCGACGGCGGCAACGGCGGCAAUUGGAGUCGGAAAUGAUGAUGAAAUUUGGGGGAAGAUUGCGAAGGAUGAAGCAGAUCAAUGGAUGUCGUCGUUGAUGACGUAUCACGGCGGCGAGUCGCCGGACUCCGCCAGUACUGGAAUUUGGGAAUUCUCGUAGCCCUAAUUUUUCGAUUCCUGAAGAG